ACCAAGUCAAAUUGAAUUAUGACCAUGACCGUUAUACACGUUACUUUUGUCGUCGAACAUGUUAUUGCUAUGGCUCUUCUAGACCACACACCAAAUCCUGCUGCGCUUCUGCUCUCUUCUUUCAAAGCGACGUUGGACAAAUCGUAUCGAGACACUUCCAGCAUGGAUGUGCAAAGAAGAGUCGAGUGGUGGAUGAUGCGCCAUGAGGGAAGACUCGACUCAGAUGGAUGAUAAAACGUCGAGCAAAUCACGUUUUCGUAUGGCGCGGCUCUUGUCUGUGCCCAUCGCUUUCUGAGCUUCAAAUAUUAUUCAACUGUUUUUGUCGUUCAGCCAUAAGUAAUAAUAUGUACAAAACAG